AUGAUGGUGAACAUAUAUCUAAACAUAGACUUUUUAAGACUGUUAUGGCAUGUUUGUCUCAUGCUUUAAGACUCAUUCAAAUAUAUAUAUAUAUAUAUAUAAGAAGACUUUAAGAGAGUACUUGGAAGUUUCUUACCUUAAUUUCCUAUAACACAAGCGACUAAGUGGACAUAAUUAUAAUCACCUUCUUCCCAAUUCCAACAUUUUCAUCACCAAAGUCCAUAUCCUCCAAAAACUUUUGUUCAUGGUUAACCCUCGCUUUUGUUUGCUCCUAGCUAGAACCCUUGUUAUAGUCCUCUUUAGUAGAGCUUUUACUAAAGUGGGAUGCUUGAAUUUUACUUAUCCAACAUUUCUUGAUGAAAAUGAAAAUGUUUUGAUUCGUAAGAAUUCUAUGAUAACAUUCAAUGCUAUCCAAGUUACACCAGAUCUUAGUGACCCCAAAAGAUUGAUGAACCAGUCUGGAAGAUCCUUGUAUAUAGAACCACUUAGGCUAUGGAGAAAAGGCAAAGGCAAGAAGAUCGUCACUACCUCUUUCAACACCACUUUUAUGCUUAACAUCUCUCCCUAUCCUACGAGUUAUUAUCCAUUUGGUGAAGGAUUGUCGUUUAUCUUAGCUGCGGAUCCCUCUCUUCCAAACGGCAGUCAAGGGAAAUGGCUUGGGAUUGCAAACGACAGCACAAAUGGAUCAAUGUCUCGAGCACGUGUUGUAGCAGUGGAAUUUGACACAAGGAAGAGUUUUCCGGAAGAUGUUGAUGACAACCAUGUGGGCUUGAAUUUGAACAGCGUCAACUCUAUCAAACAAGUUUCUCUUACUGAUUAUGGAGUCAAUCUUUCGAGUGGCAGUAAUAUAACAGUCCAAAUUCAGUAUGAUGGAAUGAACAUCAGUGUGUUUGUCUCCCCGACCAAUGAUGUGAAGAGUCUAGUCCUAACAUGGCCUCUCAAUCUCUCAGACCAUCUUCCUGAGAAGGUUUAUGUUGGAUUCUCUGGCUCCACCGGCGAAAACAACACCGAGAGGAACUGCAUACUUUCAUGGCAGUUUCACAGUUUAAACAUUGAUGAGAAGCAAAGUCUGUUGUGGGGUCGGAUUACGGUGCCAAUAGCCGUUGUUGUGCUAAUUGGUAUUGCUUGCUGUUUGUACUGGAAAAGACCAUGUUGCAAGAACGACCUUGAGAGGACAUAUCCGAGGAUUGAAGAUCAGAUUCAAGGCUCUUCCAUGUCUCCAAAGAAGUUUCAUCUGAAGGAACUUAGAAGAGCAACGAACAACUUUGACCUCAAGAACAAGCUUGGAAAAGGCGGUUUCGGAACUGUCUUUAAGGGAAUUGUAGGAGAUAGAGUGGUUGCUGUUAAGAGAGUCUCCAAGGAUUCACGACAAGGACAACAAGAGUUCAUUUCAGAAGUCACCACAAUUGGCAGCCUCAGCCAUCGAAAUCUGGUGAAAUUGAUUGGAUGGUGUUAUGAAAGCCAUGAGCUUCUCAUUGUCUAUGAAUUCAUGCCAAAUGGAAGCCUAGACAGGUUCAUAUUCAGAGAUGAGACGCUUGGAAUGGAAAUACCAGACCUCAGCUGGAAAAGAAGACUCAGCAUAAUAUGUGGCGUGGCUCAGGCACUAGAUUAUCUUCAUAAUGAUUGCACAAAUAGAGUUCUUCACAGGGACAUAAAGUCAAGCAACAUAAUGUUGGACUCGGAGUUUAAUGCCAAGUUGGGAGACUUUGGUCUGGCGCGCAUCAUCCAACAGAGCGAGAAAACUCACCACACAACCAGGGAAAUAGCAGGAACACCAGGCUACAUGGCACCAGAAUCAUUUCUCACAGGCCGGGCCACGGUGGAGACAGAUGUCUAUGCAUUUGGGGUUCUUAUUUUGGAAGUCGUCAGUGGAAGGAAGCCAGGGAGCCAGAAUGAGGAAAACAGCUUCACCAAUGGUAUGGUACUUUGGAUAUGGGGACUUUACAGCAAUGGAAUGAUUCUGAAUGCUGUUGAUCCCAGAUUGAAUGAGGAGCUUGAAGAUGAUGAAGUGGGAUGUACUCUGUUAUUGGGUUUGGCUUGUUGUCAUCCAAAUCCUAAUGAGAGACCCUCCAUGACAACUAUCUUGAAGGUUCUCAAAGGGGAAGAGGAACCUCCAAUGGUGCCUGCAGAAGUUCCUGCGUUUGUUUGGCCAUCUAUGCCGGCGUCUUUCAAGGAGGAUGGUGAAACCACCAGGCAAGGAGGCCCGUUUACUCUCUUUACUGAAAUUACUGGAAGAUGAUCUGAAAAUAAUACAUAAACAAAUAAAGCUACAGAUAGAACCUUGUUCUUUGGUCUGUACAAAAACAGCUUUUGUUCAGUGAAAAACACCUUGUAAAUACAGCAAGUUUGCUUAGCAUAUAGGUCUUGUGAACAUUAAUAAUGGUAUGUGGAGUCCUUUUGUAGAGAAAUGAGAGUUGAGGGACAAAAAUCCUGGUGUCCCAACCAAAAUUGUUUCCCUCUGAUUGGAGAGAUUGAAUGGUAUAUCAACUGAUCAUAGUAUUGUAAAUUAAGAUUUUAAAUUCGUUUUUUAUCUUCUGUUUUACCAAAAA